UAGCAACUAUGUAUACAAUUUGAGUUGUUUCCCUCAGCAUCUACAUUCAACUGAGUGUUGUUUCGAACUGAAUAGUUUGCAAUCCAAAAUUAUGGAGGGUUUACCAUUUCUCCCAGGAAAUUCGUUUCGUGAUCCAACGCAAAUGAAGUAUCAUGUAAGUCAGACACUAGGAUAUAAAAAUGGUUAUGCUGUUCAAAAACGCCCUGAGCGAGGAAUUGGAGGAAGUCAACUGUUUUACAACAAUCUUUCUGAAGGAGAACUGGAUGACCUGGCAAACUUUAACCCCACACUGACCUAUGGUCAAGCUAAGCAGGCACCACCAGCAGCUUUUAUACCAGCUCAUGUUGCUUGGGAUAAGAAGGUCCUCAAAUUUAAUGGUUAUUUCAAACAAACUGUCCAUGAAUCACCUGAUGAAUACUAUAGAGUCCGUCCUGUCGACAUCUACUACUAUUUAGAGGAUGACAGUAUCGCAGUUAUUGAGCCACAUGUUGAAAACUCAGGAAUGCCACAAGGCAAGCUUCUCAAGCGUCAGCGCUUGCCUAAGAAUGACCAAGGUGAUACAUGGCACUGGAAGGACAUCAAUCUUGGUAUAAAUGUAGUAUUCUAUGGGAAGACCUUCCAUAUCACUAACUGUGACAAGUUUACUAAGGACUUCUUAGAAAGUGAAGGUAUCCAAGUAAACGAAGCUGAAUACAUUCCUACAGACCCAUACAUCCAGAAACGAGCUGAUGCUGUCUCCCUCAGGACUUACACAACUCAGUCGGCUUUUGAUAAGCUGAAACAGUUCAAGGAACUGGACCGUAAGGUCUUAAGAUUUUACUGUGUGUGGGAUGACAGGGACAACAUGUAUGGAGAAAUGAGACCUUUCGUCUUGCAUUACUACCUUGUUGAUGAUACUCUUGAAAUUCGAGAAGUGCACAGUGCUAAUGAUGGACGAGACCCAUUCCCUGUUCUCAUUGGUCGUCAUAAGGUUCCUAAAGAUAGAUUCAACGUCCCACCAUCAUUUCCAGCUGCAGUGAUGGAACUCUCUGACCAAGAGAUUAAAGAAUACCUAACUCCAAAAGAUUUCCAGUUAGGGAAAACUCUCCAGAUCUAUGGCAGACGCUUCUUGCUUUAUGAUUGUGACAAUUUCACCAAGGGAUUCUACUACAAUCAUUUUGGAAUAACAAAUUUUGAACCUGUUGAGGUUAAGGGACUUGCUAAAAAAUUACCCAAGAUGGAAAUUGCAGAGUACAACAACUUUGGAUCUAUUGAAGAUUCUCUCCAGUCAUGCAACAGCUUAAUCCCACAACCACCCAAGAAAGAUUUCAUCAAAAUGCUGGAGAAUGACCACAAAGAGCUUCGCUUCGAAGCAAUGAUGAUGCCAGGUUGCAAGGAUACCAUGAGGCCAGAAGAUAGGGGAAGACGAUUCAUCAUUAGCUACAGGCUAGCUGAUGACAUGAUAACUAUUUAUGAGCCACCAGUAAGGAACUCAGGAAUAAUUGGGGGUAAAUUUCUUGAGAGAACCAGAGUUGCCAAACCUGGCUCAACAAUGGAGAAACCUACAUACUAUGGUCCCCAAGAUUUUUACAUUGGUGCUAUAAUUGAAAUCUUCCGACACAGAUUUGUCAUCACCAAUGCCGACGCUUAUGUUCUCAAUUACAUUGAAGAUCACAAAUCCCAGUUCCCAGAACAAAUGUACCAAUCAAUAAAAGAAAAAGUUGGAAGUGGCCCAGAGCCCAAAGAGGCCAUCAAAGGUGGACCUAUGAAAGUUCAGAGAAGGCCAGGUGACCUUGAAGGUAUGGUCCACCAAGUUCGCAGUCAGCUCAAGAAACUAGCCAUCACCGACAAGUCCCGCAUUGAUGAGAUGUUCCUGCGAUACAACAGCGACCGCACUGGCUUUAUAGAUCUAAGCAACCUUAGGGAUAUUUGCAAGAGAUUACAGCUGCCUAUUGACCAAGAUGUUCUUGAAAUAGUUAUCAGACAGAUAACAGAAAAUCCAGAGGGCCACAUCAGUCUGGAGGAAUGGCGUGAAUUCAUUGAGAGCACAUAAGACAGUUGGAUCAGAUGUGUUUGCUUCUAGUUACAUUUCCUGCAUCCUGUGAUACCAUGGAAUUACUGCUUGACUUGUCUGAAUAUGGGAAGUUUCUCAUCUCAUUAUGGGACAGUUUACAAAAAUAGUUAUGGUCACUUCAUUAAUACAGCUUUUUAAACAUUGUGAAAUUUAAACUACUAUUCAAAAUUAUCUUUUUAAAAAAUAAUUCUAUUUUAAAAUUGUUCUGUUUGAAGAUCUACCUUUCUCAAUUUAAAUAAUUGUCUUGUUAUCCAUAUAAAAUAUGUCAAUAAAUUUAUUAUUGUUUUAUUUGUAAGUUUAAAUUACUUGUUUUUUAUCAAGUUAUGCAAAAACAGGAUACAAUUUUUGAAUAUUUUAACUAUUGAAUGCAACAAAACUUAAGACGGAUAUACAUAGAAUAUAUUUCAGUAUUUGUAUUUACAUGUUUAAAGGUGUUACAAAAAUAUUUGAUACAAAAUAUACUUCAAUGUGAAAUAAUUUUUUAUAAAGAGAUAAUCAUUAGUCCUCAAAAACUUGUGAUAGAGAACUACCUAUUUGCUAGUUUCAGUUAUUUAAAAUCAUGUUCAGUAUUAACAAUGUUGUAUACACUAAAAACACAAACUGCUGAUUGAGAAUACAAUGAAUCCUUAUGAGAAAUAUGCACUUUUUUUUUUUAAUUUAAAGGGAUGCAACUAGGGAUAUUUCACUAUUUGUGUUUAGAAUGUUUUUAAAAAUGUUUGCAUAUUUUAUGAAAGUGUUUGGUACAGUUUUGUACUAACUGCAUACAAUUUUUUUUAGAAUGAUAAUCACUUUACUUCACUAAUGUGAAAUUAUAGAUGUAAAUAAUAAAAGUACUGAAAAACCUUA